CACAGCGAGUCUCUUAUAACACAAUGGCACAUUUUCUUUACAUUGCUAUAGAUUUUGGAACAUCAUACAGUGGAUAUGCCUUCAGCUUUAAGACUGAUAAACGUAUAGAACAAAUUAGGAUUCCUUCCUGGGGUAUGAAGCAAAGUCUAAAAACCUUCAAAACCCCCACCUGCAUUUUGUUUGAUGAAGAACAGAACUUCAAGAAGUUUGGUUAUGAUGCCAUGCAAGCAUACACCAUGUUGAUGAAAAAUGAAGAAGCAAAGAAACACUAUCUAUUUGAACACUUCAAAAUGGAGCUGUAUGAUAAAGAAAUCCACAGAGGUUUGAUGAUCACAGAAUCAAAUGGGAAAACAAUGAAGGCUAUAAAGGUUUUCUCUGAGAGUCUGCGAUACCUGAAGGAUCAUGCACUGGACAAAAUUGAACAAAACACUGAAGGACGAAUGUUCAUUGCAUCUGAUGUGACGUGGGUGUUAACAGUUCCUGCUAUCUGGCAUGCGGCAGCUAAACAAUUCAUGAGAGAAGCAGCUGUUGAGGCAGGUCUUGUGACAGAUUCUACACCUGAAAGACUCAUCUUUGCUCUGGAACCAGAGGCUGCGUCUGUGUUCUGUAAGCAGCUACCAAGUGAUGGUUUCAUAGCAGAAGGAGAGGAUUGUGAAGACAAAUUGGAGCAGAAACCAGGAAGCCAGUACAUGGUUGUAGAUUGUGGAGGUGGUACUAUUGACAUAACGGUCCAUGAGGUGCUGCACGAUGGCAAACUGAAGGAGCUGCAUGCUGCAACAGGAAAUGACAUGGGUGGACAGUCAGUAGACAAGAAUGUCAUAUAUUGUUUUAAAGACAUUUUCACAGAAGAAAUUUUUGAGAAAUUUGAGAAGGAAUACCCAAGUGAAGCACUUAAACUGAAGUAUGACAUUGCACUUAUAAAAUCUUGUGAUGAUGUUGUGAGGAUUUCAUGUCCUAGCAGCUUACAAACACUCGCUAAAGAUAAACAAAGCAUGGAAAGUUAUUUUGAGGAUGUUCAGGGAGUAGAGUGGGAUGAUGGUGGAAUAUUCAUUGAACAGGAAAAGCUAAAAAGCUUCUUUGAUACCAGCUUGAGUGCUAUAGAAAGCACAAUUAAACAGAUCCUUAAAAACACAGAGCUGAAGAUUGAGUACAUGUUGUUGGUGGGAGGCUAUGCUCAGUGUUCUUUUCUGAGGAAAUUCAUGAAGAAACGAUUUGGCAGCGUAUACAAAGUACUUUGCCCUGUUGAACCUCAACCAGUAAUUUUAAAGGGAGCGAUCCUGUAUAUCCUGGAUCCCGUGGUUAAAACUCGUAUUAGUGCUCUCACAUAUGGGUUCUGUAUAUGUGAAAUAUUUGAUGAAACCAAACACAAGGACAAAAGCAAAUAUAGAAACACAGAAGGAAAAUUGUUCUGUGAUGUCUGCUUUGACCAGCUUGUCAGCAGAGGAGAGUCAGUUGGAUGUGAAGAAGUCCGUACUUUCAUAAGAAGCCCAGCAGAUCCACUACAAACAGAGGUAAAAAUAACAUUUUACAGCUCUGGAAGACAAAAAGUAAAGUUUGUCGAUGAAUGGGGAGUAGAAGAGAUUGGUUCUUUAUCAGUUAACAUGCCUAUCGCUUGCAUAGGCACAAAGCGACAGGUCAGGUUGGAGAUCAAAUUUGGCUCCACUGAAAUGCAGGCAACUGCUACUGAUUUAGGAUCAGGUGAAACAAGAACAACCAAACUGGACUUCAUGAGUGAACAAAUCCAUGGCCACAAUAAAAUAUGUGACUGAAUACAGUACAAAAAACAACUUCAUAGCCUGAGUAUCACAUUUGAUCAAAUCAAAAUAUCUAAUUAGCCUUAUGUCCCCAAUAUACUUCAAAUGAAAUCAAAGAAUGAACUGAAAUGAUGUCCUUUCGAACAAAUUCUGGCCAAAACAAUUCUUGUUUUGAGUUCAUUUUGGCAGGUCGAAAAUUUGGACCAUGUGUUCUUGUAUACCACAAGUAACCUCCACACUCUGAGCUUAUGCAUUUAUGAAUUUUAACCUGUUUGAAAACUCAGUGUGAGGGUUAAGUGAUUGAUAUUUGUUUGGGUUUAUGAAAUUGCAUAUGUUAAUGUGUUAGAUUAGGUUAUAUGUCUUAGGCU